GCUGAAAGCUGGUUGAGUGAAAAUGUCAUCGAUUUUGAAGUCGAAGAACGUCUUUAUAAUUAUUCGAACAAAUUCGUUAUUCAACUCUUUGAAGUUACUCAAUGGGUAGACGAGGAUCAACAAAGAAGUGUGGGAGAAGCUGAUAUCCACAGUGUUCAUCAGUUCAUCACUUAUCAGAAUGAAUCUGGUUGUUUCAGACUUACCACUCAAUUAGCUGAAGCUUUGGGAUUCAACUCGCUUGAAGAGGCCAAGAAACAUUUUGAAACUUAUUUUUCUUCCUAUUCACCAAAAACUGCUCAAUUUGAUAUUAAUGUUUGGAGUACUGCUAUUUUGAUUUGGUUUAUUCGAUAUGUAUUAGUUGAUUUCAGAAAUGAGUGGACAGAUGUAUACAAAAAAGCAUAUAAUUGGCUUUGUCAACAAGUGAAAGAUGAUAAAGUACGAGAUGAACUUCUUGAGGCUGCUAGAAACUUUGUUGUUAAAAGAUUUGAAGUUGAAAAGAGUGCUAUUGAAGAAGACAAGUCUUUCAAGGUUUCUAUUGAAGAAGAAGACAAAAGGAAGAAACAAAUUACAGUUAGUCGAAGUAUUACUACUGAAGUUAGUCGAAGUACUACUAUUAAAGUUAGUCGAAAUACUACUACUGACACAGUUGUUAAAAAGUUUGUUACUUAUCGUACAAAGGAUGGUUGCUAUAAACUUAACGAUGAUAUUGCGCAACACCUUGGAUUCCAUAAUAAAGAAUCCUUAGAAAAAGCAUUACGUAGUCACUUUAUUUCUGAAAAUUUGUCGAAGCUUCAUAAUGACAUUUUGGUCACUGCUGUAGCGAUAUGGUAUUUCCGUUUGUUGGGUAUAGAUCAUCGUGAACACUGGUCUAAUGAAUGCGAUGUAUUACAUAAAUGGUUAAGUUCACAAAUUAAGGAUCCUCAAAUCGAACGUGAACUUUUGGAAUCUGCCAAACAAUUCAUGAUAAAACGUUAUAACAUCGAUGACGAGGUUGUCGGACUCGAUGCUUCAUACCAAGAUAGAUAUGUAAUCGAUAAACCAAUAAGAAGUGAGACUGAAAAAGAUGAUGAAUCAAUACUAAUCGACAGGCAUUAUAAAAAGACCAAAAGUAUUAUUCUUGAUAAAAAUAUCGAAUAUAUCAUUUCGAAUGAUAAAGAACCCGGUCAAACGGAAAAGGAAGCCGCAUUUGUCAUUGCUCAGGAACGUGUUACUCCCGAGGUCUGCAAUGCUAUUACUUCUGCAGCAUAUGAUGACGGUCGUAUUGAACUAAGCGAAACAUUAUGCAAAGAACUCGAUCUUCCAAUAGAGGAAAUUAUUAAUACGAUUCAGAAGAACAUUACUAAUAAAAAACUUGAAUCACCCAAGUCGUCAUCAUUAUUUUCAACUGCAAUUAAUCUUUCUUAUCUUAAAAAUGUCGCAUAUAAACUUGAAGAUCUAUGGAAAAAUGAAUACGAUAAAUCCCAUGAAUAUCUUUCGAAGCAAAUAGGAGAUGCUGAUGCCGAAAAAGAACUUUUGGAGUUCACAGAUAAUUAUGUAAUCGAUAUUUGCGCUAAAAAAACGAUUAAGGACGAAAAGAGGUCUGCUAUUGUAUAUUUUCAGAUAUCAACAACCCUUGAUAAAUAUGAAACUGCUGUCUCUAAACAAAAAGAUGAUGGAUCCUUUGAAUUAAGUGAGAUCAUUUGUAAAGAAUUAGAAGUUCCUAUAGAAGAUAUUGUAACUACAGUCAAAUCAAGUACACCUAACGAAAGACUACAAUCUCCUGGAUCAGAUCCAUGGUGGAAGACAGCACUUACUAUUAGUUACCUUCAAGUUGCCGUCCCUCAUUAUAAAAAUCAUUGGCAAGAUAAAUAUAACAAAGCUCGUGAUUAUCUAUCUAAACAAAUUUGCGAUGAGGAUAUUGAAAAAGAAUUAUUAAAGUGCACUAAUAAAUAUGUGAUCGAUCGAGCACACGAUAAAGCUAUUAGAUAUAACAUUCAAGAAAACAUUCAUGUUACUAAACUUGAUUUUACUGAAGAUACUGUUCGAGAAGUCAAUGAUGGCUUACGUUCCUUAGUUGAUGAAGACACUGCUCGUAUAAUUUGCGAUGCUCAGCAAGAAGACGGUUCCUUUACUCUGAGUCCUUUUAUAACUGACCAUCUCGACAUAAAACCGGUUGACGCUGUUAAAUCCCUUAAGAAGUUAGUUUAUAGUCUCCAACUAAGAGGAUGUGAUGAUUCUGUUUGGUACACGGCUUUUACAAUCCAUUAUAUUAAGACCAUAUUAACAAAUCAUAACAAUGAAUGGCAAGAUGCCUAUGAUCGUGCUAGUAAAUGGCUGCUUAGUCAGUUCGACAAUAAAUUGGUGAUGGAACUACUUUCAGCAUGUAGACAAUACUUAAUUAAACAAGGUUGCCGUCUUCUUUAUUCAAUUCAAGAUACAAGAUGUUUUAGGGUUUACAGACUUGAUAUCAACGAAGAAACACGUAAAGCAGUUUUUGAUUAUUUACGUUCUAGGAGCACAGCUGAAAUUGCCCGUUCAUUUUGUUCUGCGCAACAAAGCAAUGGUUCAUUUUCUUCACAAACUUUAACCACGUUAUAUCCAUUAAUUCCUCCGCCGACAAAUGCUGUUGAAUCUCUUAAACUUUUUGUCGGUAGCCCAAAACUUAGAACUUGUGAUGAUUCAAUUUGGUAUACAGCAUUUACAAUUUAUUACCUUAAAAAUAUUUUGGUGGACCAUAAAGAAGAAUGGGGCCAUGUCUGUAACCGCGCCAGCAUCUGGAUAACUGAGCAGCUUGAGGAUACUGAAAUAGAACAUGAGUUAUACUCAGCUUGUGAUCAAUAUUUGAUUAAACAAGGUGUUGAAUUCUUUAACAAUGAUACAGAAGAGUCCGAAGAAGAGUUAGAGGUUGUUGCAUUUCGAGUUAGCGAAGAAACACGUAAAGCCGUUCAUAAAAGUCUCCGUGAUGAUGUCACAAAGGAAGUCGCUCGCACACUUUGUAAUUCUCAAAAAAACGACGGCUCAUUCAUCCUACAUAAAUUAAUUUCUGACCAUCUUAAAAUCCAAUCAAUCGACAUCGCAGUUGAAUCACUCAAGCGUUAUGUAAAAAGCUUGUUGCUAAGAAGAUAUGAUUCUUCUAUAUGGUGUACAGCACUUACAACCACGUAUUUAAGAACUGUGUUACCUAACUAUGAGGAAGAUUGGCGACCUGUCUGUGAACGUGCAGCAACGUGGAUUAGUCAACGUUGUAGUGACUCUGAAGAGGAACAAGAAUUGUACUCUGCAUGUGACCAAUUCUUAAUUAAACAAGGUAUCGAAGUCCUUAGAGAAAAAAAUAGACGAUCAGGCCUUUCUAAAAAACGAUCAGUAGAUAAUGGAGAGACUAGUUAA